UGAUGCAAUAUAAAGGAGAUGAUCCAAACACUCAACAGUACACUGCAGAUCAGUUGCAGUACGACGAGAACGGUCAACCAGUUGCUCAAUAUGAUGAAAACGGCCAGUUGAUGCAAUACAAAGGAGAUGAUCCAAAUGCUCAACAGUACGCUCAAGGACAAUUGCAGUACGACGAGAACGGUCAACCAGUUGCUCAAUAUGAUGAAAACGGCCAGUUGAUGCAAUACAAAGGAGAUGAUCCAAACGCUCAACAGUUCGCUCAAGGACAAUUGCAACACGACGAGAACGGUCAACCAGUUGCUCAAUAUGAUGAAAACGGCCAGUUGAUGCAAUGUAAAGAUGAUACAAACGCUCAACAGUACGCUGCAGGUCAAUUGCAGUACGACGAGAAUGGUCAACCCAUCGCCCAGUAUGUCGACAAUGGCGAAACGUUACAGCAAUACCAAGAGGGCGAACAGUACACUGAUGGCCAGUUACAGUAUCAACGAGCUGAUGCGUUACAGUAUGAUGAAAACGGACAACCCAUCGCGCAAUACGACGAGAAUGGACGACUGAUUCAACAGUACCAAGACCAAGUGCAGUAUGAUGAGCAUGGACAACCAAUUGGGCAAUAUGACGAAAAUGGACAGUACCAGGAUGCACAGUACGCUGAAGACCGAAUACAGUAUGACGAAAAUGGACAGCCAAUCGGUCUUUAUGAUGAACACGGGCAAUAUGUUCAACAGUACGAUCCAAAUGUACAGUAUUACGAUGCGGAUGGUCAACCUGUAAAUUAUGACAAAAGUGGCCAGUAUGAUGACGGUGGUCAACAGAUGACACAUGGGAAUGAAGAUAUUCAAGAAAGCGCAGUAGAAGAUAAAGAACAGGCGUUUGGCGAGAAAGUGGAUAGUGGACAGAGUAGAGUGGACACCAAAGAGGAAUCGAAAGAAUUUAAUGUGUUGGACUUGUUAGAAACCGACACUGACGUUAGUGUGAAAGAGAACACUAGCAAGAUAACAAAUGAUAGUGAUUUUGAUUUUAGUAACGCCUGAAUCAUUUGCUUUGUUCAUAAGUAUCAACAUUUCACUGUUAAUACAUGUAAAGAAAUGAGAAGCCAUUUCUAUUUGCCGUAAUGUAGAUUUAGGUUUCAUUGCGGUAAAUGAUGGUGCAGAGCCCCAUAAACAGAAGGCACCCAUCUUUGAU